AAUUCGGAACACUCGUUCGCUAGCCGGAAAAAAUCAACACACAAAAUUGUUUGUCAGUUCAAUCCCUUGCAAAUUGUUUGAAACAUGGUCAAGAAAGUGCUAAUGAUUUGUUUGGGUAACAUCUGCCGAUCGCCCAUCGCAGAGGUCGUCAUGGUGGACACACUGGAAAAGGCCAAGGUCAAGGACGUGGAGGUGGACAGCGCGGCCAUUGGAGGCUGGCACGUGGGCAACCGGGCCGAUCCGCGGGCCAUCAGCACGCUGCAGAAGCACGGCCUCAAGUGCUCCCACAUAGUCCGCCAGAUCCGGAAGCAGGACUUCUCGGACUUCGACUUCAUCUUCGGCAUGGACGAGGACAACAUGAGCGAGCUGAAGCGUUUGGCGCCCAAGGACUCCAAGGCCGAACUCCUGAUGCUCGGCGAUUUCGGGCUGGAGAAGAAGAACCGCAUCAUCGAGGAUCCCUACUAUGAGCGUGGAGCGGAGGGCUUUGAAACUGCCUAUCAGCAAUGCGUGGUGGCAUGUGCCGCCUUCAUGAAAGAGCGCCUACAGAAGUAAAUAAUAUGAAAAGAUGUUGUGAUAUAGUUAAAGUAAUAAAUGCUGAUAUGAAACGUGAA